UGUCAUGCGAUCUUAUCUGAGACUGAGAUUUCGGGGUUCGAAAUUCUAAGCUAGUUUUAGUUUAUUUCGAGCUCUUAACGCCCGUUGGUCGUGGGAAAUGGCGGUGAUCUUCAUUUUGCUAAUCCUCGUGCUGGGUUUCGUGGGAUAUGUGGGCUAUGUGAUCCACAAGAAGGGCAUCGAUCCCAAGGACAUCCGUAUCCAGAGCCUGCAGGAUGCCAAGAGGCUGCUGCAGCCACCGCCAAGUGGGAAUGGACCCCACAAAUACCUGGAGAAGAGGGCAUGAGGUGUCUUGUUUACGGAAACUCACUUUUGGUCGGCGUGCUUGUUGCUCCCAGCGACGUGUUGGCUCCGAAAAAGGACAUGGUGCGGAUGAUUCUCAAGGAUGAUUCGUUGCCGGUGAAUUUGGGUUGCCUUCCCUAAAGGCCUUCUUAAUAAAUUUCGGUUUUGUUUAAUUAAAAUAAGUCUUAAUCCUAAUAAACGUAAAAUUUUGGCGCUUUUUGAGAAAA